CUACUGGUGUGCUGCGUUGCUUAAGUCACAAGACAUUACUCCGGUGUGCUGCGUUGCUUUAGUCACAAGACAUUACUCCGGUGUGCUGCGUUGCUUAAGUCACAAGACAUUACUCCGGUGUGCUGCGUUGCUUUAGUCACAAGACAUUACUCCGGUGUGCUGCGUUGCUUUAGUCACAAGACAUUACUCCGGUGUGCUGCGUUGCUUAAGUCACAAGACAUUACUCCGGUGUGCUACGUUGCUUUAGUCACAAGACAUUACUCCGGUGUGCUGCGUUGCUUUAGUCACAAGACAUUACUCCGGUGUGCUGCGUUGCUUUAGUCACAAGACAUUACUCCGGUGUGCUACGUUGCUUUAGUCACAAGACAUUACUCCGGUGUGCUACGUUGCUUUAGUCACAAGACAUUACUCCGGUGUGCUGCGUUGCUUAAGUCACAAGACAUUACUCCGGUGUGCUGCGUUGCUUUAGUCACAAGACAUUACUCCGGUGUGCUGCGUUGCUUUAGUCACAAGACAUUACUCCGGUGUGCUGCGUUGCUUUAGUAUAAACACUCGACCUACGCGUGAUUCUGUAGUCGUCUUGAAAGGAAAACCAUUUAGCCAUGUCCUGUGCUAUGAGAAGUCUGGUGGAGGAUGACGACAGAUACCUGAAGUCCUUCCAGCUGUUCCUGGAGCGCUCCUCUGAACACAAGUGCAUGCAGGACUUUAUCCAUGGCACCUUGCCUGACAUACUAGCCAGCAUUGGAGAGGGAAAAGCCCAUCUUAAUAUGAUGGGAGUUGGAAGUGGAGCAGGUGAGAUUGACCUUGAGAUGUUCUCUCAGCUGCAUCUGAAGCAUCCUGCAGUAACCGUGGACAACCAGGUGGUGGAACCCAGCGCCCAGCAGCUCCACCUCUAUAAGGUGUUGGUGUCCCAGAAACCAAACCUAGACUACAUUAAAUUCACUUGGAACAAGAUGACAGCCACUGAGUUUGAGAAGCACUGGAGAGAGAACCAUUUGACCAAGAAGAUGGACUUCAUUCACAUGAUACAGAUGUUGUAUUACGUGAAGGAUCCAGGUGCUACAGUCACAUUCUACCAGAGCCUCCUGGACAGGAAUGGAAAACUACUUGUAAUUCUGGUGUCUGAUGAGAGUGGCUGGGGAAAGCUGUGGAGGACAUUCAGGACCCAGCUGUGUAACACAGAGAUCAGUCAGUGUGUGACUACAGGUGAUAUUAAAGCCUACCUGGACUCUAAGACAACGAGUUACCAGAGCUACAAGCUGCCAUCUCAGAUGGACAUCACAGAGUGUUUCACUGAGGGGGACCAGAGAGGAGAACUGCUUCUGGACUUCCUGACUGAGGUGUUAGACUUCAGCUCCACUGCUCCUCCUGAGCUGAAGAGAGGAGUUCUAGACCUGCUGAUGACCCCAGACUGUAGCAAGGAGGUGGAUGGGAGGGUCAUCUUCAAUAACACCCUGGAGGUGCUGGUGGUUGACCCUCUACAGUAACACAGGAAUAGAUCUCAAAAUGCUGUAGCAACAAUGUGUAUCACUGAUAAACACUGAGUAUACAAAACAUUAGGAACACUUUCUCUUUCCAUGACAGACUGACCAGGUGGAAGCUAUGAUCCCUUAUUGAUGUUACUUGUUAAAUCCACU